GUAGAUCGAAGUGACAAAACAACAGAUUUUCAAAUAGGAAAUUUAAAAAGCUGAGGCUAAUUUUUUGUAUAUACUCAAUUAAACCACAAAACACAAAAUGUUGGACAGUUUAUUUGAUGAUGUCAAGCGCAUGAAUAAGCGACAGUUUAUUUACCAAGUCUUAAGCUUUGGUAUGAUAGUUUCGUCUGCUUUGAUGAUAUGGAAAGGUCUGAUGGUAGUAACUGGCAGUGAAAGUCCCAUUGUGGUGGUCCUUUCUGGUAGCAUGGAACCAGCAUUUCAUAGAGGUGAUCUCUUAUUUUUAACAAAUUAUCCAGAAGAGCCUGUGCGUGUUGGAGAAAUUGUUGUGUUUAAAGUAGAGGGAAGAGAUAUUCCAAUAGUUCAUCGAGUGUUGAAGCUUCAUGAGAAGAACAAUGGUACAGUGAAAUUCUUGACCAAAGGAGACAACAACAGUGUUGAUGAUCGAGGCUUAUACGCACAGGGUCAGCUAUGGCUCACAAAAAAGGAUGUGGUAGGACGAGCUAGGGGAUUUUUACCUUAUGUUGGAAUGGUCACAAUUUACAUGAAUGAAUACCCUAAAUUUAAGUUUGCUGUGUUGGCGUGUUUAGCAAUUUACGUGUUAGUUCAUCGUGAGUGAUAACCGUAUAUGGUAUGAAAUGUUGUUGACAGAAACACUAUUGUACGAGAGUAUCAUCAGCUCUGUGG